AUGUUUUUGGUCACGAACUCCACUCAAGUGUCCUCCUCCUUCCUGCUCACGGGCAUCCCUGGCUUUGAGGCCUUCCACACCUGGAUUGCCGUCCCCUUCUGUUUUCUCUACGCUGUCUCCACCGUGGGCAACGCCACCAUCCUGGCUGUCAUCAGGACACAGCCCUCCCUGCGCGAGCCCAUGUACCUGUUCCUCUCCAUGCUGGCCCUGAGCGACCUGGGGCUCACCCUCACCACUCUGCCCACGGUCAUGCCGCUCCUCUGGUUUGACGUUCGCAAGAUCAGUUUUGAGGGCUGCUUUGCCCAGUUCUUCUUCCUGCAUGGCUUCUCCUUCAUGGAAUCCUCCGUGCUGCUGGCCAUGGCCUUUGACCGCUAUGUGGCCGUCUGCCGCCCCCUGCAUUAUGCCACCGUCCUCACCCACAAGGUGAUCUGCAGGAUAGGUCUAGCCAUCAUUGGCCGCUGUCUUCUGGCUGUUCUCCCCCCGCUGUUCCUGCUGAAACGGCUCCCCUUCUGUGGCUCCCGUCGUCUCUCCCACUCCUACUGCCUCCAUCAAGACAUGACCCGCCUGGCGUGUGCCGACACCACUCGCAAUAACUGGCACGGGUUUGUUCUAGCCCUGCUCAUUAUCGUACUGGACCCCCUGCUCAUUGGGCUCUCCUACGUACUCAUCCUGAGAAGCGUCCUGAGGAUCGGCUCCCGGCUUGAGAGGCUGCGGGUUCUCAAUAACUGUCUGUCCCACAUCUUGGCUGUUCUGAUCUUCUACGUGCCCAUGGUGGGGGUGUCCAUGACGCACCGCUUUGCCAAGCGUGCCUCUCCGAUUGUACACGUCAGUAUCGCCAACGUCUACCUUCUGGCCCCUCCCGUGAUGAAUCCCAUCAUCUACGGUAUUAAAACCAAACAGAUCCGUCAGGGGGUCCUUCACCUCUGUGCUCACAGACAGUUGCAGUAG